UUUCUGAUUUCACGCUUCGAUUGUUUUCGUUUUCUCUCGCAAGUUUGAUUUUGUUUUUAUAUCCAUCUCCAAUUCAAAUUCAAAUUCAAAGGAAUUUAUGACUCUUUAUGAGCUAGAUCCUGACGUAGUGAGGUGGAAUCUUCACCUUAUUGAUGUUUGUGGUAUAAACAAUGGUGGUUCUCUCGGAACUGUUACUCAAUAUGACACAGAUUUUUCUCAGCUUGGGUAUGCAAGAGAAGGUUAUGCUGAGCCUAUGCAUAUUAACGUGGAGAAUGAUGAGGUAAUUGCCCAUGCUCUUCAGGAGGAACUAUCACGGCUUUCACUGGACGAAUCCGUAGGAUCUUCACACACUGAUGAAGAAGAACAUCGAAAAGCAUCAGUUCUUGCUCAGGAUUGGGCUGCACCCUCAACGAGGUUUUCCAAUCUCGCAGUUGAUGGCAUUCAGGAAGACACAGAUAGUACUGGAUUUUGCCCUCUUACAGUUACAUCAUCCAAUUGGGAGUCACCAGAGAUAGAGGAUGAAUCUCUUCUUGAUGGUGAAGUUGGGAAACGUUUGAAUCAGUUGGAUGCCAUCCCUCAUGUUCCCAAAAUUAAUGGAGAUAUACCCUCAGUAGAUGAAGCCAAAUCAGAUCAUCAAAGGCUGAUGGAUAGGUUGGAAGUAUAUGAUCUAGUUGAGUUAAAAGUUUCUGGAGAUGGCAAUUGUCAGUUCCGCUCACUGUCGGACCAAAUAUAUCGCAGUACUGAGCAUCACAAAUUUGUGAGGGAACAAGUUGUUAAACAGCUCAAGUCCCAUAGGGAGUUGUAUGAGGGUUAUGUUCCAAUGGUCUAUGAUGAAUACUUGAAGAAAAUGAGCAAGGCUGGCGAAUGGGGUGAUCAUGUAACUUUGCAGGCUGCUGCAGAUUCAUAUGGUGUUAAGAUGUUUGUCAUUACAUCAUUUAAAGACACCUGCUACAUUGAGAUUCUUCCACAAAGUCUGAAGUCAAACAGAAUCAUUACUUUGAGCUUUUGGGCUGAAGUGCACUACAAUUCAAUCUAUCCACAAGGAGAGUAUCCUGCUGGAGAAAUAAGAACAAGAAAAAAAUGGUGGCAGCUAGGUUGAGACACCUGCACAGCCAGCUUCUUUAGGAACCAGCGCACACCUAAUUAUCACGAGAAUUAGGGUCUCUCAGACCGUCUCUGUGACAACAUUUCUAACUCCGGAUUGUAUAUAUUUUAUUCGUUUUCUCUGAGGUAGACUACAGUUUUGCCAAUUUUACGGCUUUCAUUCUUUGUGUAUAUAUCAUUUCAUUUAGUUAGCUCUUCCAUUAUUAAUUUA